AUAGCACCUAAUUUCUAAGCUAAAUACACACUCCAGCCAGCGCAGCUACCGUUUCUAUUCGUCCAGUCUCGGGUUUUCGACCAUGAUGGCUGCUUCGGUACCUGGAACGGCUGGUCCGAAAAGCUGGAAGAGAAGUUGUUACCGGUCGCAUGGAUGCAGUGUUGAGCACCUGAGAACUUGGCGGAGAGAGAAAGAAGCAGCUCUGAGAAGUGCACGGAGGCUAAAACAGUUGUUCAGUAAGCGGCGUUUAUGUGAAGACAAGUCAUCCGAUGGAGAAGUUGAAAUGGAUGGUGAGACAGCAGCUCUUUUGUCAGAGGAAGAGCUUUCACAGCUUUUAAAAAAAAUCCAGAGAGGAACAGAAGACAGAACAGCCUCUAUGCAACUUCUUCGACAAGGACUACGAUACAGAGAAAUCCAGCAGAAAUUUAUCAGGUUGGAGGGAAGUAUGUCUGUGCUGAUUGGCCUAUUUACCAGCAAUCUAGCCAAUCUGCAGAUGGAUGCAGCUUGCUGUUUACACGAACUUUCACUGUCUACUGAUCCUGAUGUGGUCGAAGCAUGCUUGCCAGCAACCUCUUAUCUCCUGACUUACCUCUCCGGACACAGUGUAGCUCUCAUGGAGCUGUGUUUAUACACAUUAGGGAACUUAGUGGUUGAAAUGAAAGCUGUGAAAAAGCAUCUUCUACCUCAGGGCAUCAUCCCAGUGUUGGCAUCCUGUAUCAAGUCUCCUCAUGUGACGAUACAAGAAAGUGUUGGCUAUGUUCUGUCACAACUCUUGCAAUCCAAGGAAGCUCCAGCUGAAAUCAUACCGUUGCUCUUAGAAUCCACCCUCCCUCAACACAUGCUUCACUUGGUUUGUUCCAGACUGCAAGAUGGAAUAGGAACUGCAGUGGAAUGUGCAUGGGGUCUUCACUACAUUAUUUGCAGCCAAGUGAACAAUCCAUUGCUGAUUUCCCAAAGGACUGUGCCAUCCCUAAUGCAACUGUUGCUGGAAUUGUCCUCUCUGAUAGCAACAACUUCUGUUGAGGGUCUAGAAUUGUUGAUAUGUCCUGUUGUGCGGUGUGUUGGCAAUCUUCUUGCAGAAGAUAAAGCAAAUAAUGAUGAGCUUGUAAUAAAGGAAGAGUGCCUUCUGAAGGCCUUGUUUGUCUUUAUGCAGUAUUUCCUUCCCAAACACACUUUUGUUGUAAGCGAAUGUCUGUGGCUCUUGAACAACCUCACUGUUCACAGCACCACAUUUUGUUCUGCUCUGCUCAGCCUAGAAGUUUUUUCUGAUCUGUUGAAACUGUUAGGUUCUUACCAGAUGAUCAGCUUGCUGGUUCUAACAGUGUUAUGCAAUAUAGCUGCCAAGGGUGCUGCCUACUGUGAAAUGCUGCACCAAAAAGCUGUGCUUCCUUCUCUUGUAAAUAUCCUUGUUAUUUCUGAUGUCCAAGUAGUAGGCCAAGAUUUAGAACUAUUGCAUCUCAUCUUCUCUCAUUGGCCAAAGGCUGCCAUUGACUUUGUAAAUCAUUCCGGACUACAUGCCUUACAGCAGCAUCAAAAUAACCUACAUUUGCAAGAGCAAGUCAAAGUGCUAAUUCAAACAGUUAGCCAGAUAACUGCUGUUCCUCAAAAUAAACCCCUUGGAACUGAAAAUCUUCAUUUUAUUUCCUUACAAAUGUGAAGCAAUGACAUAUGUAAAUGAACUAUAUUAAUUUGUUGCCAACAAAUUUUAAACAAAACCCUUUGAAUAGCAAUGUGCUACUAAAUCUCUCAUGUCUGUAUGAUUGUUUAUAACCUUCAGUUGAUCAUAGAGCAACCAUUUUUGAAUCAAUUUACCUCAAAUGAGUUAACUUACAGAAUGCAUCCCUAUGCUUGUGUUUUCUCUCUCAUAAACAUCCAUAUCCACCAGCACCUUUCCUUUCUGAGCAUUUGUGCUCAUAUGCACCCUCUAUUUCUUUUCCCUUCAACUGAAAAAUAACAAAGCAUUUUUCAAAAAGUAUAUGCAUUAAGGUAUUUCAGGAAUUCUGUAACUAUUAGCAUGAUUGAUAAAAAUGUUUUAAAUAAGAUAAAUACUCAGUAGUGGAUUUUGUUGAAUUUGAUGGGAUUUAUCUAAAAAUAGUUACAGGUUGAUUAGAUCGUACAGACAGUAUUUAUAGUAGUUUGUAUGAAUUUAAGAUUUCUAUUUUGAUUUAAACUUUAAGCAUAAUUAAUGUAAUUUUCAAAUAUGUCAUUAAUACUUUACCAAAGUCCUGUGUUCCAAUUUGCAAAUGUAACAUAUUUUUCUUCAUUGAAAUGGUUAUUAUAUAUGCUUCUAAUAUUUAUUUGGUUGGGUGAUAGAAGCCAGCAAAAAUGGACCAAGUUUAAAAUACACUAGAUAUGUCUGGUGAAUGUGGAAAAAAAAUUUCCGAGGAAAAAAAUUCCACCAAUUAAUCAUUUUGGCAAUUUAAUAAAUAAAUUCAAAAGUU